GCCUGACGAGUUUUUGUUUAUAUUAAUUUCAUAUAUUCAAGUAAGAUCGUAAAAAUGCUAAAGAUAUCAUGAAUUUAACAACGUUUGUCAGGUUGUUGACAUUGAAUCAUCUGCCAAGAAGUCUGAAAAUAAUGUAGCGAAUAUAAACGUUGAAAAUCCAAAUCGCAAAAAAAGGCCAAUACGACAAUGGCACAGUGGAGAAGUAUUUUGUUGGGUUUUUUGUGCACUAUUUGUGCGUUUGUUGAGCCCCAAUACGCAGAUAUAAGUGAUCCAAAGAACAAUGGUGACUUACAAAUGUGGAUAGAUGAAAGACAAGUAAAAUUGGUUAGCGGUAUUCCAAUGAAAAUAUAUGCCAUUAUAAAUGGCGAUGUUUCUCCGUAUAUUUUAGACCCUAAUUUUGAGAAACACUUGCCUGUUAUACCAACAGAAAUGGGUUAUGUUAAUUUUACGUGGAAAGCAGGCCCCAAAAAAUAUUACUACGAUUUUGAUCGGCUUGAAUCGUACAACGAAAACAUCUUAAAACCUCCCGUUAUUUCGAUCAAAACUAAGGGUCGGGUACCGAGAAGGGCUAAAGAAUUCAGUAUAUUUUUACCAUGUUCAGGAAACAAUUCUGGGAUUGCUACUUUUGGAAUUGGACUUCUUAUCGAGAAGGGGCGUAAGGGCCGGCCGCUAAAUGGCACUCCCUUAAGAUUAAAAUUACGAAAAGAAUGUUCGCAAAAAAGUCCCGAUCCCGAAUGCGACAAAAAAUGUGCUAACAACGGACGUUGCAAUCACGAAAAAAUUUGCCAAUGUCCAGAGGGAUACAUGGGACCUUAUUGUAGCACCGCCCUUUGUUAUCCGCAAUGUUUUAAUGGUGGAAAUUGUACAUCUCCUGGAGUGUGCAGUUGUCCACCAGGUUUUCAAGGGUUACAUUGUGAAGGAGGUAUUUGCGGGGAAAAAUGUUUAAAUGGAGGGAAAUGCGUUCAAAAAGAUACUUGCGAAUGUUCUCGAGGAUUUUUUGGGCCACAUUGCGAAUAUUCAAAAUGUAUGAUACCAUGCUUAAACGGUGGAAGAUGUCGAGGAGUGAACAUCUGCAGAUGUCCACAUGGUUUUCGCGGCAACCAUUGCGAAGUCGCUAUCGCAAAGGCGCACAGAAGCACAUGUAAUUUACCUUGCAAACGCGGAACCUGCGUAGAUAACCAAUGCAUUUGCGACCAAGGCUGGCAUGGACGUCUUUGCCAUCACAAGAAAUCUAGGGAGAUCUAAAAAAUCAUAAAGAAAUCUUUAUGGAAACGAUGGUGAUAUUGACAAUAACAAUGCUAUAUUAUAUUAUUUCGGAAUUUUUUAUAGUAUAUUAUUAUUUCUGUGCCAACUCAAUUUUAAAUUUUAUUAU